AGUACGUUCGACGAGUUGAAGAUGGCACCGUCUUUGCGUCUGCUGUUGGCGCCGCUGCUUGGCACGAACGCACUACAGGGUGUAGCCACCAACAAGCACCUAAGGUACGGCCACCAGCCUUUUCUUGUAUUCAAAGUCACAAUAACAUGAUGGCAGGCCGACUGUCGCUUCAGUGGCGACAAACGAUGACGUUCCUUAUCCGCGCCCUCGUGAUGCGAGAUUACAUUCCAAACUUUAGGUGUUUACCGAAACUAUUACAAGCAAAGAAGCAGGCAGUAACUGGGAGACAAAGUAUCGAGUGCUCACUCCAACUACCUUGGACGUAAAAAAUGAAGAGUACACUCGUUUCGAUAAAUACAAGUCAAAGUACAUGGGUCGAUAUAAUAGCGUCGAUCAAUCGAAGACAGAUAUGAGCUAUGCAGACUUCGGCGCGUUGGUGACAGCUCAAGAGUACUCCUUCAAAAAUGGAGACAUCUUGACAGGGACUGUUGUGCAGUAUGAUGGUCCCCAGAAGGCGCUGGUCGAGGUUGGAGCUAAAACAGCAGCAGUCUUGCCCCUUCGGGAGGCAACAAUUUCACCUUUGGGGGAUGGGGAAACAAUAUCUAGCUUUGUCGAUGUGGGUGAGCAGUACGAGUUCCAAAUCGUGUCGGAUUCGCGUGAUGACGGACAAGUCACAGUCUCCAUCAAGAAAAUCAUGUAUGCAAAAGCAUGGCAAAAACUGAGUGAACAGUAUGCAGACGACCCUGUCUUUGAGGCAGAGAUAUUUCAAGUGAACCGCGGAGGUGCAAUUGUCCUGGUAGAAGGCUUGCGUGCUUUUCUUCCAGGCUCGCAUAUAAUGGGCACUGGAGGGGCGUCCGAGGCGAUGGUUGGCAAGCGAAUUCCUCUCAAGUUCCUAGAAGUCAAUGAAGCGGCCAACAAGCUAGUCGUCAGCAAUCGCCGAGCGGUAAUAGAGCAUUCGAUGGCUUCAAUAAAGCGCGGUGACGUUUACGACGGUAUCAUCACAGCGGUUAAGCCCUAUGGCGCUUUUGUUGAAAUCAUGGGCAUGUCAGGGUUACUGCACAUAUCACAAAUUUCUUAUGAUCGUGUUGAGAAUCUCGAAGCCACCCUAGCCGCCGGCAUGGCCAUCAAAUGCAUGGUGAUUGACCACGAUAAAGCCGCUGGUCGGAUUGCUCUUUCGACAAAGACCCUCGAACCAGAGCCUGGUGACAUGCUCCGCGACCCUGAGCGCGCAUGUUACUGCGUUCUGACAAAAAGUGAUGGUACCUGAAGCUACAACUCCAUAUACAUAGGUAUUUGCCCUCGCAGAUGAAACCGCUGCAAAAUACCACGUGAGCCAGUUUGAAAUUACACACAACAUCACAUUCAUUCGCAACUCGCAGGCCCGCGUUGAGGCUGAAAAGUUGGCUCGCGAGCAGGCUGCUAAAGAAAUGGUCCUCGGCCUUGGCGACUCGCUAGGGUCUUUAGAAGUCGCUGAGGAGGCUUAAUCGCUGCACUCCACUAGCACCAGAUUAAGCGUCUGUUCUUUAUAUCAAACCCGCCGUGACUCGAAGAGAAGGGGGCCCGGGCCGGGGCUCCCCGGCGGCCUUCUAAAAAGGCUUUUUACUCGACCGGCCGCUCUAUCUACUAGUAGGUUGCCACUUACCUGGACGGAAUCAUCGGAAGUCUCCGGACGUGGCGCGGCCCGGGGUCAUUAACCCGGGUAAUUGCCGGUUAGUGCGGGUGUUAACCCCAGG